AUGUUGCAGGAGGAGUCGGAUCUGUCUCUCAUUAUUGCCCAGAUAGUCCAAAAGCUCAAAGGCUCCAAUUUGUACGCUCAGUUGGAACGGCAGGCCUGGGCCAGUCUUCAGAGACCUGAGAUUAAACUUGAAUCACUAAAAGAAGAUAUUAAGGAAUUCUUUAAAAUAUCAGGUUUGGAGAAAAAACUUCAGAAUGCUGUGUAUAGUGAACUGAGUGUGUUUCCUUUACCGAGUCAUCCAGCUGCACCUCCUGAACAUCUUAAAGAACCUUUGGUAUACAUGAGGAAAGCACAGGGAAGUUGGGAAAAAAGAAUUUUGAAGAGUUUAAAUAGUAUGUGCACUGAACUGAGUAUCCCAUUGGCACGAAAGAGGCCAGUUGGAGAACAGAAAGAACUUCUCAAUAAAUGGAAUGAAAUGGGAACCGAUGAACCAGAUUUAAGCCUUUUCAGACCUGUUUAUGCACCUAAGGACUUUCUUGAGGUAUUAAUUAAUCUUCGCAACCCAAAUUAUGAAAAUGGUGAUUCUCUUAGUUUCCGGACUCAUUUGGGUUUAAUCCAAGUUCCUCUCAAAGUAAAAGACAUCCCUGAAUUGAAAGAAUUCUUUGUAGAACUUGGCUUAACUACAGGACAGCUGGGUAUAGAUGACUCUACACAAGUGCCUCCUGAGCUUUUUGAAAAUGAGCAUGUACGUAUUGGGCAAAAAGUUCUAACAGAACAAGAUAGUGCUGCCGCUCAGCAGUAUGUCAGACAAGGAAGUCCUACAGCCCUGAGAGCCGAGCUGUGGGCUCUCAUCCUGAAUAUCUCCAGCCACCCUGAGGAUAUUUUAUAUUAUGAGCAGCUUAAGACAAAUGUGAUACAACAUGACCUUUUGGUGGACAGUCUAAUUUAUAAAGAUGUGAAAUUGACAGCAAGCAAUGAUGAUUAUUAUUUUGUAUUUGAAGAUUAUUUAUAUCAGGUAUUACUUUGUUUUUCCCGAGAUACAUCUGUAUUGAGUCAUUUUGCAUACAACAGUGCUUCACCACCGAAAUCAUACAUAAGAGGAAAACUAGGACUAGAAGAAUAUGCUGUCUUUUAUCCACCAAAUGGUGUAAUCCCUUUUCAUGGAUUUUCAAUGUAUGUUGCACCACUUUGUUUUCUAUACCAUGAACCUUCCAAACUGUAUCAGAUAUUCCGUGAGAUGUAUGUGCGUUUUUUCUUCAGGCUUCAUUCCAUCUCUUCUCAUCCUUCUGGUAUUGUGUCCCUCUGUCUGCUGUUUGAAACUCUUCUGCAAACUUAUCUCCCCCAACUCUUCUAUCAUCUGCGAGAAAUUGGGGCUCAACCACUUCGCAUAUCAUUUAAAUGGAUGGUUAGAGCUUUCUCUGGAUACUUGGCUACAGAUCAACUCUUGCUUUUGUGGGACAGAAUCCUAGGAUACAACUCUCUGGAAAUUCUUGCUGUCCUGGCAGCUGCUGUGUUUGCUUUCCGAGCAGUGAACCUGAUGGAGGUGACAUCACUGGCUGCAGCUGAAGCAGUUCUUGCUGACCUUUCUACUUUAAAAGUUAUGCCUCUUCUUCAGAUUUUUCUGUUUGCUACUGUCACCUGA